AACAAUUUUUAUUACACAACAAACAGAGGCCCACUGUCGUUAUGUUAGCGCCGCCAGUAGCCGCCGCGUCCUCUGACAUCCAUUCGCCUUGUCUCGCGGCAUUCGAACAACCAAUGGAGAAAGCCCUUGUCUCCGAAUCAACUCUGAGUCAACUUUUCCCUAACGAGUUCCCUUACGAGUUCGCUUUCACCUAUCCAGAGGACUUAACGGAGACGGAGGACGAGACAAAUGACGAAGAAAAUGACUUCCUUGCCGGGUUGACUCGCAGACUCACUCAGCGCCUCCCUUCCCCUCCUCCCAUCGACGAGGCUAAGGUGAAUUCUACUAAGUCAACUCGGAGUGGAAACAAGAGUCCCAACGGUCCGUUCUCGCAAGCCCUUUCACCGCCGGAAACUCCGUGCCGUAAAGAAGACUCUGUGAAAGUUGUAUCUGCUGCAGCUGGAGAAGUCCCCAAGAUCAAAUCUGAUGCAAAACCCAACAGACGCCCAAACCCUAAUUCUUUCGUCCCAUUUCCUCAAAACGCGGCGUUUUACAACUACCAUUACUACUACUACUACUGGCUAAGGCAGACGCAACCAGCUCUGUUCGCGUAUCCUUAUCCCGUUAGAGGCGUUUUCGCCGCUCCAACCGCCGUUAAACAGCCGUGUGCUGGUACCGGCGUUUUCACCGGUCCAACCGCCGUUAAACAACCGUCUGCUGGUACCGGCGUUUUCACCGUUCCAAACGCCGUUAAACAGCCGUCUGCUGGCACCGGCGCUUUCACCGCUCCAAACGCCGUUAAACAGCCGUCUGUUGGUACGGGCGUUUUCCUUCCCCGGAAUUGCACAAACCCUUCUACUUCCUGGAAGAAAGCAGGUAAGUGUGUUAAGUUGCCGACGAAGGUUGUUCAGACGGAACAUCCUAAAACUGAAAAACUCUCUGGUGGGAUUCAAUCACGUUCGCAAGCUCAUCUUUCUGCAGGAUGUAGCAAACUCGACCGUGGUACAAAGUCUGCGGUGACUGGUGGCUGUCCCAAGGAAGAAAGUCAUCUUCCACAAGAAUGGAUGUACUGAUUUAAAAAAAAAUCAGGUUCUGUAAUGGUUUAGAUUUAUUGGUGAGAUAGUUGGUUACUGGUUAUAGUAAAGAAUAAUUGUGUGGGAUGAGUUAGAUGGGGGAUUUAUUGGUUAUUGCUUAAUUUAUGUUUUAAUAAGACCAUUUUUUGGUGGCCAUGGGAGGAAUUUUCAGCUGCUCUUCCUUUGGUUAAGGUUAUAUCUUUGUAGUUUUAGUUGCGGCGCAACAGAAUAGAUGAUGAGUUGAGAGUACUUCAGGGUGUUUUCUGCUCCUUUUGGAAUCUAUGGGGGUUGCAAUAAAGUAUUUGUAAUAUUUGUUUGGUUGGUUUUUUAAUAAAUGAAGCAAAGUUUGUAUUCAA